AUGUCCGCCGCAACAGCAACAGCGGGAUUCCAUCAUGCAUUUGUUCCCCAUCUACCUCUGAAGGCUGACCGACACACUCAUCUUGAAACCAAAAUAGCCAUGCCUCUCAUCGUCAAUACAGACUCCGAAUCUGAUUUCACAACGGUUCCAGAAUCUCGAUUUGGGGUGAACAAGAUGGUGGCAGUGAUAGGCUCAGGCAUCAGCGGAGUCUGUGCCGCUGCUCAUCUCCUCAAGCAUGGGCUCUCCGUGACCGUCUUCGAACGGUCCGACGGCUCCGGUGGCGUAUGGAAGUUCGAUGAGCGUCCACCGGAAGACCCUCCUUAUGUUUACCGUCCACCAUCAUACGGAGACCAGCACCAAAUCCCCUCAGAUGCCGUUUAUAGGGGUUCAAACACGGAUCUCUCUCGUCUUGAAGUGAGAUUCGCGCCCCCGAGCCCGUGUUACGCAGGGCUGAAGACCAAUGUCCCAACACCAUUGAUGGGAACAGCGUUGGGAGACUGGCCCGAGGGAAGUCCAGAAUCCGUCAGUCAUUCCGCUGCUCUUCAAUACAUCCGUUCUUUGGCCAAAAGGUCCGGAUUAGAUGCAGUGACGGAGUUCCACACCCGAGUCGAGGACGUUAGAAAGACAAGCGAAGGUUCGAAGUGGAGGAUCACUACCUUGACGAUGGAAAAGGACGACGGGAUUCUUGGCGCUCGGUUUAUCCAAAGAGUCAGGGAUUUUGACCUGGUUGUUGUCGCUUCGGGACAUUACAAUAUGCCACGCAUUCCGCAAAUCGAAGGCCUUAAAGAGUGGAAGGACACCUUCUCUGACAGAGUUAUUCACUCGAAGAGGUACCGGAAUCCUGAGAAGUACCGGGACCAGAACGUGCUCGUGAUCGGAGCCGGCGUUUCCGCUACCGACGUCUGUAAGGAACUCGGCAAGAUAUCCAACAAGACGUACCAGAGCACCCGUAACGGACGAUUUGAUCUUCCGGCGAGCGUACUGCCUCCGAACGCCGUACGGGUGGCGGCAGUGGAGAGAUUUGCCCCCCCAGAAGCAGAAGUUGAAGGGGACGAGCCGACACUCGGGAACAACCAGCCAAUACCCAGGUCUGUUGUGCUCAUAGAUGGAACAGUCCUACAUGAUAUCCAUCAAGUAGUGAUAGCGACCGGAUACAUUGUGUCAUACCCUUUUCUCCCACAGUUGCACUCGGAUAUAACGGUGGAUGCCAAUCCUGACGACAAGCUGGUGGUGACAUCGGACGGCGUCAUGACGCACAACCUUCACAAGGAUAUCUUCUACAUCAACGACCCGACACUGGCUUUCAUUGGCGUUCCCUACCACGUCGCGACCUUUUCACUCUUUGACUUCCAGGCCCAGGCGUUGGCGAGGGUGUUCGCCGGUAGGGCAAAACUGCCGACGCAGGAAGACAUGCGGAAAGAAUAUGAGGAGCGCGUGGAGAGCAAAGGGCGGGGACGUUUCUUCCAUUCCCUAGUAACACCUGGGCAUGAAGUUACCUAUGUCAAAGAUCUCGCGGAGUGGGUAAACAGCCAUGUGAAAGAAGCGGGAGGCGAACCCAUGCCUGCUCAUUCAGAUGAAUUUUUGGAGGAGUAUGAAGUAUUGAAGAGCAGGAUAAGGGGCCUGUACCCGGAAGUUGCCAAGAAUAAUGGGAGGGUGCAGGAAUAG